GUUUUGGAAUGGCCGACCCCGCGUGCGCUAAACCUAGCAAUUCGACGCCUUCCCAACGAUGAUCUGACUCAAGUUGGUCCGCGUGACAAGGGGAAGGACAAAUUAACGGCGCUUAUGGCUUCUUAUCGUGGAUUCCCAGCGAAUCCGCGGAGUGCGGGCAGUUUUGGUCAAUGUUACCUCAAUCAAUGAAAUAAUAAUGUCAGUGCUUGAAGGGUGGAGCUACAAAGCAUCACAGUUUAGCCCCGAAGAAGCCGGCCACUUGCUGCCAUUCAUUGUAAAGGACCGACACAUUAAUCUUCAAGGGGAUCAAAUGAUCGACAUUCGUUUGGUGCAUUUGUGCUGCGAAGUGUGUACAUCCAUGAAACCUUGCGACGGGCUUGCGUUCGCUUGCCGUCGGAUGUAUCUAUACCGGAGCGGUACACAACAGCGACUUCGGACGGUCUCCACGCAUGGGACUGUUGCAGAGAUCGCGCCAGAAGCUGCAGCGAAGAUUACUGUGUCUCCUGAAGCGCCUCCCGGUGACCCUACUCGUGGAGAGAUGGAUCGGCGGAUUUGUCAUCUGGAAAGAACGAUACGGAUUCUAUUUUCCCGGAGGUCUAAAACAGGAAAAAAAGAGAAAUGAAAACAAAAAUAAUAAAAACUAUACUCCGUAGAUGCAGACCGAAUCUUUCGGCCCAGUGCAGUCCGGAGUUAGUGAUUACAUCCCGAGGAAGGGAAUCCCUGGUUCUGGACAAUGUGAGGAAUAUCAACAAGGCCGAUGUGUCCAGGACCUUUGUGAUUGGAUUUUGGUACUUUUUCCUCUUUCACUUCGUUGACUAAAUUUUGCCUGUCCUCUUCCCCUUUUCGCGUGUUCUCAAGGUUCAGAAUCAUCCCAGUAAAAUUUCCCAAGAGCUUCAAGCAGUAUUGCGUGCUAUGCGUCAUGUCAAGAUUGUUGCCGAUAUCCUAGAGGGUGGGGCGGGGAACUCGCUAUAUUUCCAAAUAAGUGCUCCCGGUAUGAUGGCACCGAAGGGUCUCAUCUUUUGGGUUAUAUACUCCGUACUGUACAGAGGACACCCAUGACAGUAGGACUAUACUACUCGGCAUCUUAUCUCACGCCUCAAUAUGAAGAUACGCUGUUACUCAAUGUACAUCGGUCAAGCGCCCCGAAUUUGAUGAUCUCACCCACCUCGGGGGUCAUUGAGGGCCGAGAGGGAAAGACUGAAAAAAUCCCCCAUCUUGACAAGUAUCAUCACGAUGCACUAUGAUGGAGCCCUUUGUCGUCAUGGAGGGAGGAAUCAGCAAGUUUUGUCAGCCAAAGGCGCUCUAGACAGAACGUUCCCCCAUCCGUUGCAGGAACCGGCGAACCACUCUCGGACUACAGUAGCCCGACGGCAAAAUAGCGACGAUGGUGGGGUUGGAGGUUGGCGGUCGGUCGGUCUUGGGAUCUGAACGAUUUUCUCAACUCCCCGUUUAUCUCGGAACCCGGAGAUUGUAGUUGUUCCGGACGCACUCCCAAUGCGGAAUAGCGGGUGUUCGGUCCCCUGCUCGAGUCUCCAUCACGGGACUUCGCUUAGCCCUGAUCGCUAAGCAUCCCGUUUAGGUUAGCGC